AUAAUAUAUCCAUACAAGCCUCUACAAUAAUUCCAUUCUUCCAUUCUUAUUGUACUUCGAAACACCAAAUAUUGAAUCUCGUAAUGCAACGUGUAUGACCUGUGUAGAUAAAUACUACGUCCGUUGACAAGCGAACACAUAUUCAUUCCGAUUGUAUCAAAGACAUAGGAUACGUAGCUUAUCUUACUUUGAAUUUCAUUUCUUCUCCACAAGUUAAGUAUUUGUUGUAUUUUCUUUGAGAGACAGGAUCAUCAUGGCGAAUAGGUAUGUAUGAUUUAUUUACUUAAUGUUUCAUGCAUAUUUUGGUUGUUUGCGCAUUUAAUUCCAUUUGAUUUGUUCGCAGAGUGGAAUAGAGGAAUCGAGGAAUUGUUGGACUGGGUAUGCGAUUGUAUAUUCCCGUCGCAUACUCAUUUGCAAGCUCUUCCUCUAUAUUCCAAGGUUGCGAAUAUCCUCUUUUCAUUUUUAUAGAUUUGAAAUGAAUCCAAUUUGACUUACCUCCAAUAUUAGAUUCGGCGCAUCCUCCCUCCAUCAACGCGAUCCGCGCAGUGCACUUUUUGAAAAUUAUAAUGGUGGUGCGGGUUUAAGGGAUGGGAAUAGAAAUGGGAGUGCGAAUUCGAGUCCGGCGCCGAGGGGGUAUGGGUAUACUGGGGGUGGAGUUGGAGGGUAUUCGGGGGGAGGUUAUGAUGCGGGUUAUGGGGAGAGGGAAGAUAGAACGGGAAGUGCGGCGGGUUUUAGGUCGGCGACCCCGAAUAGUAGGUAUGUUGUGGAUGCGCUCUGUUGUUUUUGGGUGUGGGAAGUGCAGGAGGAGAGGGACAGGGAGAGGGAGACUGGGGGAGGAAAGGAGAUAGGAGUCUAUAUAGAUGUGAUGGAUGCAAGUGCGUCUUGAAGUCGUGGAGAGACUAUGCGAUCCCGUCUGUCCGCUUGCGCAUACAUUUGCUAACAUAUAAUCAUCACAGAGGACAAUACAGCGAUGCGGUCCUCAACGAACUUGAGAGUCAAAAUAAUGAUCAAGUAGAGGGAAUUAUGGGAAAAGUUCGACAAUUAAAAAGUGUAUGUUUUCCAUAUCCACUCUCUGCGCAUUUUCCUCCACCUUUCCCUUUCACCUCCCCACCUCCAUAACUUCCCCCGUCUUUUUAUUUUCCCUACCACUUUCCUAACAUCCCAUCAGAUGACCAUAGCCAUCGGCGACGAAAUCCGCGAAUCCUCCGCCCUCGCAGAAAAAAUGAAUGAUAAUUUCGAAGGAGCACGUGUUCGUAUUCGAGGAACUAUGAAUCGAAUGUUGAUUAUGAGUCAGAAGACGGGGGUUAGUUGGAAAAUCUGGUUGCUGUUUUUCGCGGCGGUUUUUGGUUUAUUUUUUUGGGUGUGGGCUUUUUGAUGGGGAGAUGGAUGCGGAAAUGGAGGGGAGAGAGGGAGGAGAAGGAGGAGAAGGAGAAGACCCUGAAGGGGAAGAGAGGGAGAAGGAGUAGGAGGGCAGGGGAGUUGUAUACAUAUUGAUUCCUUUCAUAAUGCAUUUACUCGCAAAGUAGCGAGCUGGGAGCAAAAAGCUGAAAGCAAAAAGCAAAGUUAUAAAGGAAAGAAAGGGAAAUAAGAGGAAGAAAACGAAGAACCAGAAGGAAAUGAAGCAAAAUACAUCCUAGCAUACCUAGGUAUGAUACGAUAACUGGCGUUAAUGGAAAUGAAAUCAUUCGG